UUUACAUGCAUUAUUCUUGGUAUCAAUCCCUUACGCAGCCAUAACAAUUGCACUAAAUUUUCUCCAUGAUCUUCUCUAAGGUAAAGAAAAUCUAAACAAGAUAAAAGAAAAUAAUCAAUAUCUCAAACAACAUUUCAACACCAGAUGGUUUUUCAACCACAUGAAACAUGGAAAUUCAAUUACAACCACAUAAAAAGCAAGAAUUUGAUGCAGAAGGAGAAGAAAAUAGGUUGCUACAAUCUGAAGAAUGUGAGACAAUACCAUUAUCUUCGCAGCAACAACCAUCUCUAUCAAUACCGUUAGACGGUGUUGAUAGAGAGGAUUGUGUAUACGCGGCGAAGGACAAAAUUCAUAUUUUUGACUUGGAGUCGAACGGUAAUACCAACGGAUCAACGGUGGUGCCACCGUUCUCAUGGAAGAAGCUCUGGCUCUUCACAGGGCCGGGGCUUCUAAUGAGCGUGGCGUUUUUGGAUCCGGGUAACUUGGAAGGAGACUUACAAGCCGGUGCGAUCGCAGGGUACUCGUUGCUAUGGCUUUUAAUGUGGUCCACCAUUAUGGGGCUCCUGAUACAACUUCUAUCUGCGAGGCUCGGUGUUGCCACGGGGCGACACUUGGCGGAGCUUUGUAGGGAGGAGUAUUCCAAUUGGGCUAGGCUAGUUUUGUGGUUCUUAGCUGAGUUGGCUUUGAUUGCUGCUGAUAUUCAAGAGGUUAUUGGUAGUGCUAUUGCUCUUAAGAUUCUUAGCCAUGGUGUUCUUCCCAUUUGGGCUGGUGUUGUAAUCACAGCCUUUGAUUGUUUUUUCUUUCUAUUUUUGGAGAAUUAUGGAGUGAGGAAGUUGGAAGGUGUUUUUGCUGUUUUCAUUGGAACUAUGGGCUUUUCUUUUGCAUGGAUGUUCUUUGAUACAAAGCCAAAUGAAGAAGAACUUCUUAUGGGUCUUUUGAUCCCAAGAGUUAGCUCAAAAACACUUCGCCAAGCUGUGGAAAUCGUAGGCUGCGUAAUAACCCCACACAACGUAUUUCUCCAUUCAGCGUUAGUACAGUCAAGAGACAUAGACAUACGAAACAAAGGCCAAGUUCAAGAAGCUCUAAACUACUACUCAAUCGAAUCCUCAAUUGCACUUUUAAUCACAUUAAUAAUCAACCUAUUCGUAAUAACAGUUUUCGCUAGAGUAUUCUAUGGUACAGAACAAGCCAAAGACAUAGGACUAGUAAAUGCAGGACAAUAUCUUGAAGAAAAAUAUGGUGGUGGAUUUUUCCCAAUCCUUUACAUUUGGGGCAUUGGUUUAUUAGCAGCAGGACAAAGUAGUACAAUUACAGGUACUUAUGCAGGACAGUUUAUCACUGAGGGAUUCUUAAAAUUGAACAUAAAAAAAUGGUUGAGGGCAUUGAUUACUAGAAGCUGUGCUAUUGUUCCAACUAUGAUUGUGGCAAUUGUUUUUAAUACUUCAGAAGGUUCUUUGGAUACUUUGAAUGAAUGGCUUAAUGUGCUUCAAGCUAUUCAAAUUCCUUUUGCACUUAUUCCUCUUCUUACUUUGGUGUCUAAAGAAGAGGUCAUGGGCACAUUCAGAAUUGGACCUCUUUUAGAGAGGGUGGCAUGGACAGUGGUGGUGCUUGUGAUAAUGCUUUAUGGAUAUAUGUUAUUAGAUUUCUUCCUAUCUGAAGUGAAGGGACUAUUGUUUGGAUUUUUAGUGUUCCUUGGUGCAGCAGCAUGGAUUUCAUUUAUUGCUUUUCUUCUAAGACAUAGUGGUGCUAUUUCUUCUAUCUUUCUCAAAUCUCCGAAUUCUGAAGGCUUUUCUCUUGCAAAUUGAUAUAUGUAUAAAUACUCAACUUAGUUAUUUUUUUAAUUUUUUUUCUUU